AUGGAAAACAGCACUUCAGUUACAGAUCUGCUGCAGCUGGAGGGGUUAAAGGUCACGUCCUCCUCCUCCGUCCCCGUCUUCGUCCUCCUCCUCCUCACCUACAUCUUCAUCAUGGUGUCCAACCUGGGCCUGGUGGUGCUGAUCUCCAUGGAUCGCAGCCUGCAGCAGCCCAUGUACCUGCUCUUCUGCAACAUGAGCGUUAACGACGUGUUCGGAGCGACGGUGAUCGUCCCUCACUUAAUAAGUGACAUUUUUGUUCCGUCCGCGGAGCGCCACAUUUAUUACAUCGACUGUGUCAUUCAGGCGUUCUGUGCUCACGUUCACGCCAGCACCUGUCACACGGUGCUCAUUAUCAUGGCGUUCGACCGCUAUGUGGCCAUCUGCAACCCGCUGCGCUACGCCACCAUCAUGACCAGCAGGAUGGUGGCGGCGCUGUCGGUGGCGGCGUGGGUGGUGUCGUUAUUCUUGGUGGGGAUCCUCGUGGGCCUCAGCGCCCGCCUGUCGCGCUGCCGGUGGACUAUAUUCAACCCGUUCUGCGACAACGCCUCUGUGUUCAAGCUGUCCUGUGAGAGCGUCCUCAUCAACAACAUCUACGGCCUCGGCUACACCGUGCUGCUGCUGGGCUCGUCCAUCGGCAGCGUGACGCUCACCUACCUGAGGAUCGCCAUCGUGUGUCUGAGCAGCAAGAACGCUUCUCUGAACAGUAAAGCUCUGCAGACCUGCGCCACACACCUGGCAGCCUACAUCAUCAUGUUCACUUCCGGCAUCAUCAUCAUCCUCCUGCAUCGAUUCCCUCAGCUCUCUGACCACAGGAAGCUGGCGUCCAUCCUGUUCCACGUGGUCCCACCCGCUAUGAACGUUGUUAUCUAUGGACUGCAGAUCAAAUCUGUCAGACAAAAAAUCUUCAUGUUAUUUACCAGAAAAACACUGACUCUGACAGAGAAAUAAUUCCAUGACUGUUAAUACAUUUGUUGCACUUGCUGAAAUGUGGAGUGUUGAGGAUCAAAUUAAAAGUUAUUUUG